AUGGAAAAUAGUUCAACAGAUGAUAAAGAUGAAAUAUACAAAAUGAGCACCGUCGAAUGUCUCUUAGUUCUUGUUGUUAUUAGUUUAUGGUUAAUUGCAGUUAUUAAUCUUGCACGAAAAUUAGAGAAAUUAUGUAAUCCACCUUCUAUAUUUCCAAAUUAUUCUCUCUAUGCAAAAGUAUCGGUAUCACCAUCAUCGGCACCAAACUCUAGUGAACCUAUUGAACAACGAACAUUUAUUCGUGCAAUAUCUGAGCCAACAAUUGAUGCAUCACCACGUACUGUCAUCAUUCGUAGUCCAUCUGAAACAUGUUUACAUAUUAAAUCAACAAAUUCUCUACGUGGUUCAACACUAUCACAUUUAUCUCCAUCAGAUUUUAUUGAUGAUCAUUUUUAUCAUCAUUACACUAAUAGUAAUCAUCGUAUCGUUCAUGAAACGAAUGAAAAUCGACUAACAAACAAACAACGUAAUUCAUUAUUGGAUCCUAAUCGAAUACCUAUGAUUGUUCGAAAAUCUCUAAUUGAUUUACAUAGACGAACGUUAUUUAAUACGAAUAUAACGCCAAUCAAAUGUAUCAUUACACCUGAUAAUAAUUAUCAACAUAUGAAUAUCAACAAUUCAAAACAACCAUUAAUUCAACGACAACAACUUGUAGAUUUAUAUCAUACAGAAGAAAAUGAUGAUGAAAAUCAUGUCUUUUACAUCUCUAUUUACACUCGCAAUCAAGCGACUGAUAUUGAUCAAUUUCGAAAACCAUCUGAACGAUAUGCUGUACAAAUUCAACGAUUUCGUGAAAAGAUGAAUCUUGAUUAUAUGCCACCUCUACCAUGGUUCUAUUUAGAAAUUGUGUAA